UGUGCCCGGCUCUCGGCCUCGGCGCCUUCGCUAAGAUCCGGAGUUUGGCGCGCAAAAUCGAAGCGGCGGCGGCAGGCUGGAGUCGGCGUUCCCUUGGGAUGCAAAGGAGCUCAAGGAGGCCUCCCACCAUCAUUUUAUUGUCACAGUGAAGCAGAUUUGACAGGAAUAUCCAGACUGGCCCAAGCUCACCAAGUAAGCUUCAGGACUGAGGAUAUGGAGUUGGGUCUUCCCAGUCCCACUGCAACCCAGGAGUCUGGAAUCUCAGGUGGAGAAGAGCACAUGGCCCAUGUUGGAACCAGCCUUGUACCAGGUCAACCCAGUUGGCCCAACUAACUCAGCUUUGUCUACACUGACCGGCAUCAGCUCUCAAGGUUUUCAGCCGAGGUCCUCUCCCAGCCCUACCUGGAGAGGCCGCCAGGGAUUGAACCAGGGACCCUCUGCUUUCAAGGCAGGAGCUCUACCACUGGGCUAUGGCCCUUGUCUUCUAGGCCUCUGUCAAGGUGUCAAGACUAUCCAGACCACACCCCUCCCUGGCCUUGCUCUGUGCCCUCCUCAAGUGCUUUUGCCUGGCCGGAACAUGAAAUGUGAGCAUGCCUCAUGCCUGCCUGGAUGGAGGCAAACUCCAAAGUGCACAGAACCAUAUUAUAGCCAGUAGGUGAAAGACUCUGAAUGCACGGAGGCAGCGCCAACACCCCCUGUAAUUUUCUGUUCUCUGCGGAGACCGGUUUCUACAGGAAGAGAUCAGAAAGAUUGCCAGUAACUGGUGAGAAGAGGAAGGCAUGGGGCAGAGAUACCGGGUCCGAGCUGUGAAGUGUCAGCUGCUGGUGGCCAGUUUCUUUGUGAUGGUGCUUGGGGUCUCCCUCACCAUACUGACCAUUAUCACCUACUAUGGGAAGCACUUCACCGUCAUCAGUGAGGUCUCUUUAGAGACGAACCUUUACAAAAGAACUUUGCUUCACCGUGGAGUUUUCUUUGCUGGGAUAUGCCUGAGCAUCCUUCUGAUCAUUGCUGCCCUACUGAGUGUUGUUGCCACGGUGAGAGAACUGGAGAGUGCCAUGGCAGCGGUUUUUUUCUGUUUCGGAGUGGUUUUCUGUGCGUCGGUAAAGGCCACGUAUUGGUCAAUUACUAACGGUAUUGUGGCUGAAGAUGCCAUGAUGGAUGUGUAUGACAUCGUGUAUGAAGAUGUGAGAAGCAACUCUUCCAACACCAGGAGACAGGAGCUACAUACCAUCCACAAAACGUUUCUCUGUUGUGGGAAAAAGCUACCCUUUGGAGAAGCAAGCAGGAUUGAAAAAGAGAUGUGCCAAUCAGAAGCUGUGGGAACAGAAAAGGAUUGCCUAGAAGAGAUCCAAAACUUCCUGAAAAAACACAUGACUUUUGUCUCUGUGCUGAUGACCAUUACAAUUUUCUUCAUGGUGUAUGGGAUGAGCUUAACUUUGUUCCUCUGGUACGCCAUCCACUUUAAGAAGAGUUUGGAUCGGAAGGGCAAAUACACGCUGCCAAAGCAAUAGGAAUUUGGCUUUAGACUUCUGCACCACCAGGGGAAAAGAGCAAGACUGUUGGAGACUCUGAGAAACUGGAAUUUGUGCCACGACUGUGGGUGGAUGCUGGGUGGUCCUAUUCAGUCCCCCCGCCCCAACACACACAAAUGUGCCAUCUCAGAUGUGACUGUGAACUCCCAUGACAGCUGCAGCAUCUGUCAACAAAGACUGGCUAAAGUGAUGAUCAGGCAGCAGAAACAUGAAAUGCUGAGUGGAAACAUGGAGGCAGGGUAUAAACCGGGAACGAAGGACUUGCCCAGCCACAAGUGUGUUUGCCAACUGAAAGCCAUCAUUUAGAGCCCCCAAAAUAGCUAGUCAAAACAGAACAACAUACCCCAGUGAAAAGCAAACUCAAGGAAAUGGAAAUUACUUGGUUCAAUAACCAGUAAGAAUAUUUUAAGGCUCAGGAGAGAGAGAAAACAGCAGCUUGCUUUACAUUAUUAUUUUAAGCAGUUUUAUAGCCAUUUCUGAACAUGAAUCAGACCCUAUUUGCAUAUUUUGUAAGCUUCCUUGGUUUGAAUACGUGAAGAUACUCUAAAUAGGGAAGAACCCAUUUGUUUAAUUCAAACACACACACGCACAGUUGUGACAGAAAUGGGUACUGUUAAGUUCUGUUAGGCCUAUGCUGCACCCCACCUAAAUUUAGUCAUGAUGAGUAAAGCCGGAAUCCUAAACACGCUCACUGAAGAGCAAGCUCCACUGAAUGCAGCAUGAUUUGUUUCCAUGAUUUACUUUACUUAGUCAUGAUGAGUAACUUAAGUUCAGUUUUGCCAAUGGAAUUUACAGCUCAGCCCAAUUCCCAUUAAUUUCAGUACAACUUGCUCCUGGUUAACUGUGUAUAGGAUUGCAGUGUUACUCAUAACUUACUUUAGCGGGCUACGCAGUUUGGAAAUGUAGAUCUUAAAUGGUAACCAUGCAAGUUGUAAUACACUGUGCCUCCAAUUAAGAUCUAGAAUGAAAACAGCACAAACUAGGAAUAAGCUUUUAUUCUUUUGAUUUAAUACCAAAGCCUUUCCUUUUAUAUUACUCUGAAUUCCUGUAAAUAAAAUGUAUUUGGUUAAGUA